CCCGAGGUACGCCACGGAUUACUGGUCCGAUUAGCAACGGCUCGAUGCUUUGCCCCGGUACGUUGUUCUCUUUUCAUUUUAUUUUUACAAACGUGGUUGACCUUCGUUGCUAAGACUAAAUCCGAUUACGAUGUUAAUUAUGCAAUCCCGUCUCUAGAGUCGAUGCCUAGUACGUCUGCACCUAGCUUGGCAUCAGUUGGCACUUAAUUUGGCAUCACAUUCGAGACCUCUUUAUGCAGCGCCGUCAGACGAAGCCAUAAAAUCAGACAACCGAAGCUGUAACGGGGUUCAUAUUAACAAUUACUUUCCACACAACCUUGUAGUAACCUCGUGUCAACGAACCUGUGCAUAGUCUUUUUUUUGUCUUUAGCUUAUAGUACUCGACACCAACCGUACGGGGCACGCAAACCUAAAAUGUUUAUUUUCUCACGUACAGUUCGAUAAUUGCAUGCCAUAAGGCGGAUCAUUCAGCCCCCGCCUCCCGUGUCGCUCUGCUGAGGGCGACACCGGAGGCGCCCCCCAAACCCUAAAAAACAGCCGCCUCUCCCCAUCUGCCCAUGCCGCCGCCGUCGGCUCCGUCGCCGACGGCGGUGGGCCCUGCUGCCGGUUACUUCUAGCGUCGUCUUCCUUGCUCUCUCAUGGUUCGCGGUGGUCGGUGGAGUCCUCCUGCACGGCCCGUCCCAAGCUCGGAUCUUGCCGUCGAUCGGUCGGUCACUGCGCGGGCUGGGUCCUCUUCGUGGAUCCGGCGCUGUCCAGGCUGGAUCCAGCGCUUGCCGGCGUCGGACGGCCAGAUCCGUCCAUACGGAUUCGGGGCUUGGCGGCUUGGCCUGUCGGGCGAGCUGGCGGCAGGGCAAGCUCAGCCUGCUCUGGUACGCGGCUUCUGCUCGCGGCUGGCCCUAGGCACGUUGCGGCCUGGAUUGGGAACGAGGUGCUCGGAUCUGGCGCUUCACUGCGCGGGGACUGCCGGAUCCGGCGCUUCUUGGAGGCUUGGGCAAGCGGCGGCGGCUUCUGCAACUUCUUCCGCAUUCCGAUUUUCUUGGCUGGCUUUUGCCCGCCGUAGUCCGGUUCAAAAAAACUGCAUGCCAGAAGAUGCACCCAGCUGAUUCACUCAACCACCCAUGCAACGGAUGUCGGCUUCGCGUGGUCCAUGUUAGACACUAUUCUUUUUACAGACGGUUUAUAUUGUUCCUUACGGUUUAAAUGUGUAUGUCACUAAAUCUAACAUGCAAGGCUACGCAUCUCACCUCAAUAUAUAUAGCUUAUAGACGCUUUAGAUAGCACGGCCACAUGUGCUCAGGAGUAGACCGUUGCACUUUGGCAUUUCAGUUUUUAGGAAAGGGAGUAAGCCUGCAACUUGGUUGGGAGUGGAUGUACAAUCCAACAUCUGUGUUCAAUUUCUCACGGAUGCAAAUUUAGUUUUUAUUUAUGUUGCAGGAAUCUUCCUUAUAGUUUUUUUUUUCAAAAAAUAUAUUCAGUUUUUAGGGUGCAUGUCAAUAUUUUUAGCAAAGCUUCGGUGCUGCUUUCUGUUGUUACUACUGGCGGUUAACGAAUAGGUUGUGAUUGCUCAUCCAUUUUUUGCAAGUGCUUUGGCGGCUUUUCAUUUCGUUCUUGCGUGCAUACAAGCGUCCGAGCUGGCGCUGAUAUGGAGACUCUCUCAGGACAAUGCUCAUCUCAGCUGUACCUUAAACAUGCAUCUCAAAAACGUCGCCUUGGCAAAGAAAAAAAAAACUGAUAUGGAAAAAUGUUGAACUCCCUCCAAUCCAUAAUAAUUGUCUCACAUUUUGUACUAACUUAGUACAUAGUGGCAUGUACAUAGUUGUACUAAAUCGGAGACACUUAUUAUGAAUUGGAUGAGUAUCUUAUGCAAUAUAUACAAAAGCAAAGAACCCAACAAAAAACUAUGUUUUCUCUCACACAAAUAUAUCACGGAGCAAAUAAUAUUCCAUCCUUUUCAGUUUGUAAAGCUUGUCCCAAAACUCAAGUCGGUUCCAAAAUGUGAAAUCAACCAAUGUGACAUCUGUGCAUAUAUGCUUUACAAUUGAUUAUCUAGUACCUAACUAGCAUUCUUUGUUAAUGUAAAUAAGGAGAUAUGGCUUACUCCUCCUUGAGAGGUGAAAUGUCCUUGUUAGCGUGACAAUUUGAAAGAGAGGGAGUAAAAUAUAAAUUUGUGUUUUCUCAAAAAGGAGGCACCCGGCUUGCAUCGAAGCGAUGCACACAACGAUUUUAUUGUAGAAUUAUAUCAUUUCAGUACACAAAUCACGCAUCACACAAAAUGGAUACAAAAGUAAAAUACAAAUGUCCAAGUUGUGUCUUACUCAUGUGGAAUGUGUAAUAUAUAAUCUGAAAAAUAAAUGCGUUGGGACCGAAUCGGUCGUGGGAAGUGAAGAGACAUUAUGGAGAGUGAUGCAAGCAUUAAGUGAACGAUACAUAUGUGUGAACAAACUAGGACCGGUAUAUUCGUUGAGAGGUGAAAUGCCCUUGUUCGCGUGGCAAUUCAUGUAUUCGUUUUUAUUCAACCAUUUUGACGUCAGCACCCUUGCGGUCGUGCUCAUCUUGCCCCUUGUGAUAUAUUUGCUAGAGAUACAAUACGGUUGGAAUUAGAGAUAAGAUAUGAUUAGUUUAAAUGAGAUUACUUGUUUUGUACUUCAAAUCUAUCUUUCCCUUUGUACAUCUACCCUGACUUCAAGCUGAGCGACUUCACGCCCAGCUACGAGCUACCUUCACUUUGUUGAGUAGAUAUACGAGAAGAAAACACAUCCAUCCACAUGCAGGCCGGUGUGGAGACACCUCGUCACCACAAGGGAUGUCUGCUGAUACGCCAUCGCCGACGCUACAUAGCCGAAGGCGUUCAUCAACGUGGUCUCCAUGAGAAUCAUCGUCAACCAGCCGCCGCCACUUCGUCCACACGGAUGGACAUCUCCCGCGUCCUCUGACAGUUCAACUGCAAGACGCAUCAGCGACGACGACAUCCCCGCGUUUUCGACGGCAACGACUGCAUCGACAUUGGCAUCGCUAUUUGUGAUGACCCCCUACCGGCGCGCACAGUCCCGGCAAAACCGUUGUGUCCGAUGAUUUCUUCCAGUUCUGGUAAAACUGACGGUCUCAUCUCGGACGCGUCCUCUGACAUCUGCAUGACGCCUCCUCUUGACGACACCCUCUGACAUUUGCAAGGUGCAUCGUCCAUGAUCGCAGCUCCGACUCUACGUCAUAGCGCAUUUUUUUUGCGGUUCCGGCUAUGUGCGGCUACAUUCAUACGACGACUACUACUUCGACCACGACUAUCUCGACCACGGCUAUAUCAUGAUCGUUAUCUCGACAUCGACAUCAAGGGCUACGACGUCUACAGCUACUCAUCGGCAACAAUUGCAGUCAAAGCGUCUGCGUCGUCACUAGCGUCCUCGACAAUCCCGCUAUGACUGCAGGAGGGAAUAGAGGAGAGACAGGGGACGACACUAGAACAGGAUGCAGUCACCGCCGUAGGUGACAGACCAGUCAAUCAGAGACGUAGUUGAUGAUGGCGAAGCAGAGAAGACGAUGGAAGCGCAAGACUUCAAAUCUAGUCUCAAUCGUCUGCUUCGCUCUCGCGACGACCGAGGGGGAAUGUUAGAAAUACAAUAUUGUUGGGAUUAGAGAUAAGAUAUGAUUAGUUUAAAUGAGAUUACUUGUCUUGUACUCCAAAUCUAUCUUCUCCCUUUGUACCUUUAUAUUCAGAUCUUUUACGGUACCUCAGAAUUAAUUUGGACCGUUCAUUUUUUAGAUCUAAGAACUCAGAUUUGCUAAUACUUCCUAAUACUCCAAUUAAGUUGUGUGGAAUGAUAGGAUGGAGUAUCGAAAAAGAGUAAUCUCUCACGUGUCCGAAAAUUCACACGGAGGCUCAGGACGGGGCGGCGGCACGCUGGAGGACGGCGGCGACGGCCGCUGCGAAGACGGUGGCAGACCGCGACGGCGCGCGCGGAGGGUGGUGGCGCGCAGCGAGCACUGCGACGGCGAGCUGCGCGGAGGGCGGCGGUGGCGCAGGAGCAGGUCGGCGCCGGCGCGUGGCGCGAAGGGCAGCGGCGGUCGCUGCGAGGACCUCGGCGGCGAGCCGCGCGGUGGGCGGCGGCGACGCGCGAGGAGGGCGACGGCGGCGCGCGGCGUGAAGGACAGCGGCAGGCAUGGCGAGCGACGGUGAGGACGGCGGCGGCGCGCGAGGACGGCGACGGCGGCGUGCGGCGCUAAGGACAGCCGCAGGCAUGGCAAGCGACGGUGAGGAUGGGGGCGGCGUCCGCGGCGAGGACCGUGCCGGCGAGCCGCGCGGUGGGGCGGCGACGGCGCGCGAGGAGGGCGACGCGGCAUGCGGCGCGAAGUACAGCGGCGGCCAUGGCGAGCGGCGCUGAGGACGGGGGCGGCGCGCGGCGCGAAGGACAUCGGCGGCCAUGGCAGUGCGGCCGGCGCUGGAGGGCGACGGGACCGGGAGAAGAAGAAGAGAGAGAAAGUUUUUUUUAUGUGAAAGGACUAUAAUGCCCAUGCCUGAUACUCCAUUUAGGCCCGGUGGAGUAAUGGGUACCGCAGAAAAUAGUUUAUACACGGUGUACCUCAUGAGGGUCAGAUUGAUAGAACAACCGAAAUUAGGUUUCAAUCUCAUUGUUUCACAAUAUUGAGUUUUUAAAUCUUAAGCAAGCAAAGUGUCAUUCAAGAUUCAUGGACACGAAGCAAAUUAGUGUAUGAUUUUGCUUUCAGCGAGAUCGCUUCCUGCCCACACUGGCCGAUGUAGUACUCCGUACAUGGUGAUCGCGAUAAAAAAUGAAAUUUUUUUUUGAGAAUCCGAUAAAAAUUGAUUUGUCCGAAAGAUCUGUAAUCGUUUGAAAAUGGCCGUCGACGACAAAUCUCGGGCAAUAGUCAUUCAAUGCCGAUACCCAAUUCCCCAAAAAGAGGAAGAAGAAAAAGGCAGCAUUUUCUAAGCGGGUUUACUUAAUUAAGUGUUCGUUGUCUUCUAGGACAGUGAGCUGAGGUGAGAAUCGAAGUUGGAUCUUAGGCCGCACAACGCUGGCGAGCAGGAGCGCUAGCCUAUCAUUCGAAAUGAAAUCGAUGCCGCAACUGGAGCUGGAGACGGGCGUCGAUGGCGCCGCGCCGCCGCGGAGGGAGAGGACUGAAGGCCACUGGCCGCACCACGGCGCCAAAGAGCCGGCACCGGCGGCGUUCAUGACACAGAUGGUGAAGAAAAGGCUGGACCGCAGCAGGAGGCAAUGGGGAUGCGCGGUCAACGCCUUGCUCGUCACCUUCAUCAUCGUCGCCUUGCCGGCAAUGGCCAUCCUCUUUGGCGCGCGCUCCAGCGCGUCGGCCGUAUGGGUCGCCAACGCCUUACGCCUAGGAUCAGCAACAACAUCGCACGACACGGACAAGCUUCUCGGCGGCCUCCUCUCGGCCGACGGCUUCGACGACGAACGAUCUUGCCACAGCCGGUUCCAAUCCGCCAGGUACCGCCGGAACGCCGGCAAGCGUCCUUCCCCGUACCUCGUCAGCAAGCUGCGGCAGCACGAGGCCCUGCAAAGGCGCUGUGGCCCGGGCACCGACGCCUACAGCAACGCCCUGGAGCAGCUCGGGUCAGGGAAGAUGCAAAGCUACGACGGCGGCGAGUGCAGAUACCUGGUGUCCAUAUCCUACUCGUACCAAGGCCUCGGCAACCGGAUCCUGGCGGCCACGUCGGCGUUCCUGUACGCGGUGCUCACCGGCCGCGUGCUCCUCGUCGACCCCAGCAACCACAUGGGCGAGCUCUUCUGCGAGCCGUUCCCCAACGCGACGUGGCUGCUGCCGCCGGAUAGCUUCCCGCUCAAGGGCUACACCAACUUCAGCGUCGAGACCGCCGAGAGCUACGGGAACAUGCUCAAGAACAACAAGAUUAUCAAGACCGACGACGCGGCGAGGAUGCCGCCGCCGGCGUUCGUGUACAUCCAUCUCAACCACGACGCCAGCGGCGGCCUGGACAAACUGUUCUUCUGCGACGAGGACCAGAGGGCUCUCCGGGACAUCCAGUGGCUGCUGAUGAGGACGGACAACUACAUCGUGCCGGGCCUGUUCCUGCUCACGGGCUUCCAGGAGGAGCUCGGCAUGCUCUUCCCGGAGCCGGACACCGUGUUCCACCACCUCGGCCGGUACCUGCUCCACCCAAACAACCAUGUCUGGGCUCUGGUCACGCGGUACUACGACGCCUACCUGGCGACGGCGCGGCAGCGAGUCGGCAUCCAGGUGCGCGUCUUCGGCGCCGACCGGGAGUCGCCAGAGCUUCUGAAACAGAUCACCUCGUGCACGCGCAAGGAGAAUUUGCUUCCGGAGUUGCUCACCGCGGCAGAGCCGGAGACCGCCAACGCCGUCCCGGCGGCCGCACGAGGGCAGUCCAAAGCCGUUCUCGUCACCUCCCUCAAGUCCUGGUACUACGAGAAGCUCAAGAGCAUGUACUGGGAGCAAGGGACGGUGACCGGUGAGGCGGUGGGCGUGCACCAGCCGAGCCACGAGGAAUACCAGAGAUUCCGUGCCAAGUCGCACGACACCAGGGCGUGGGCCGAGAUGUACCUGCUGAGCCUCACCGAUGUGCUGGUCACUACCGGUGCUUCGACGUUCGGGUACGUGGCGCAAGGCCUUGGGGGCCUGACGCCGUGGGUGAUGUAUAAGCCGCCGGCUAACGGCUCAGUUGUGGCUGACCCACCGUGCGGACGGGGCGUGUCCAUGGAGCCGUGCUUCCACGAUCCGCCCGCCUACGACUGCAAGACCAAGAAGUGGGCAGACACCGGAAAGAUUGUGCCGCAUGUCCAGCAUUGCGAAGACGUCAGCUGGGGGUUGAAGCUUGUUCCUCGCAUCGCAUAGUUUCGCUUCAACGAGCUUCCACCGACACAAUCCAGCAAAGGUGGAUCGAUGUACAUCUCUGGGGACAAUUUUUCUAGGUCCAGCAGGACAUAUGGUCUAGGGUGCAAGCCAUGAGAUCUCUGCUUUCACCGACAGACGGUGAUAACAAUCAUAUUAAGAACUUCCAUUAGUCAUGUUAUUAAGUACGUACACAAGGCCUAGUAGGCAUAUAUAUACAGGCCACACACCUCCCAACUAUGAGAUCAAGCAGUAUGCUGCCGUAAUGUUUUUUCGCAUGGAAA